CCAUAACAGUGUGUUGGUAAAACACAAUACACAUUCACUACUCGCUAGUUCAUUACUCAUUAUUACAGUAAUACUGUCUUAACCACCAUCCGUCGUUCUGUAAACUAUUAACUAUCUGCGUAAAUAAAAUUUUGUCUAGUUUAAAGUUGUGUACGUAAUACGUAGGCAUUACACCUUUGCCGUGUGGUCACUGGUCAGUGCUCACUGCUCACUGCUCGGUUCUCGUUGACGGAAAUACCUAACACUACGCAUAAUAAAUAUUGUAUUCCAUAAUCACAAAAGAUUUUCUGUGUUGGUAAAUAAUUUAAUACACACGCACAUUGGAAUAUUACAACACAACAAUUAUUGCAUCAUAUCGUAAUCGUUAUUAUUGUUCGUAUUAAUUGUGACGCGGUCGAUUGUUUUUAUCUAUAUCUUUUGUGUUUCACCUACUUAAAAAAAAAAAAAGAAAACAAUAAAUUGUAUUUCAUUUUGGACGCAAUUUCGCAGGUCGUGUUGACGCGUGCAGUCAAGUACUACUAUCGUAGUCGUUAAUUGUCCCUGACCACGCAAUCAUGGCGACUAGGAAGAAGGUCCUGUUGAAAGUGAUCAUACUGGGCGAUUCGAGCGUGGGCAAGACGUCGCUGAUGAACCAAUAUGUCAACAAGAAGUUCACUAACCAAUAUAAGGCGACGAUCGGCGCCGAUUUUCUGACCAAAGAGGUGAUGGUCGACGAUCGAAUCGUAACGAUGCAGAUAUGGGAUACAGCUGGUCAAGAACGUUUUCAGUCAUUAGGAGUGGCAUUUUAUCGUGGUGCUGAUUGUUGUGUGUUGGUAUUUGAUGUAACAUCGCCAGGAUCUUUUAAAUCUUUAGAUGGAUGGCGAGAUGAGUUUCUAAUACAAGCAUCACCAUCUGACCCAGAUCAUUUCCCUUUUGUGGUCCUAGGCAACAAAGUUGAUUUAGAUAAUCAAGCUGUAUCCACUAAAAGGGCUCAACAAUGGUGCCAGAGCAAGAAUGGUUUACCAUACUUUGAAACAUCUGCUAAAGAAGCAGUUAAUGUUGAACAAGCUUUCAAAACGAUAGCACGAAAUGCAUUAGCUCAAGAAUCAGAUGUAGAGUUGUAUAAUGAAUUUCCAGAUCAAAUAAAAUUAGAUGGCGGUUCUUCAGACAACAGAUCUUCAGGUAGUGAUAAUUGUGCUUGCUAA